AGCAGCGGCGGCAACAGCUUUUGGAGGGCCCAGGGGGGUCAGAGCACGGCGGCGGUGUCGAUUCAGUUUUUUCUCCUCCUUUCGCCUGGUCUGCCCCAGGUAGAGAGGUUUCCGACAGCAACGGCCCCAGCCAAGGGCAAGCCUGCAACAACGCGAGCGAUCCCGUACCUCCAGGAGAAGCUGCCACCGCAUGGGAAGCCCCCUUUCAAGCCGCCGACCCCGAGGCGUUUUUCCCGAGAUGUUGGGACGUGAGCGACGACGGCGACGGGGUUUGUUCGAUGCUGAGGGCGUUCGCCGUGUCGGCGGCGGUGGCGUUGCUGCGGACUGCUGUGAACGCGGAGGGAGAAGCUUGUGGAGAACGCCAAGAUGGCAGCGGCGGCGGCAGCAGCAGAACGAAAGCUGUUGGCAGCGCCACCCUUGCGGCCGCCACAUCAGUCGCCUCCCGGUACGCUUCUUUCCUUCAGACUCCUUUAAUUACCCAACCAACAAGCGCGACGGGCCGUUGCUUGCAAGCUGGUCCUCCUCCGUCUGGCAGGGAGAGAUGUGUCGGCCAUAAACGCUCCGGACGGGACGCCAUCAAUGCCGCAGUAAUUGUCGGAGAUCAGGAGUUCACCACCAUCCUGACGGCCUGGGAAACUGCUGCUGCUGCUGCUGCUGCUCAGGGGGCGGUGAAGAAGGUCGGGAGCGGCCACGCGGGGGGAUGUACAGAAGAGCAAGGCUCGGCCACAGGAAAGGGAGGCAGUGUCGCACCGGAACCGGUCGAAGUGGCGGAAGAAGAUCCCGGGUCUGAACCGCGGUUGGAGAAGAACGCCGCUCACGGUAGUACAGAGGACAGCAGAGCCCGGUCAGUGGAAGGCAGGGAGGCGGAGGAGGAAGCCAUAGGAGGCAGUUCUUCCAUCGCGAUGGCUUGCGAGCUGUUGCGAGCGCUCGACGAGGACGGCGCCGACCCGCAGGCCGCGCUGUGCCUCGGGCCGGCGAACGCGUGGGUGGUGAAGCCGGCCGGGCUGUCGUGCGGGAAGGGCGUCGAAGUGGCGUCGUCGUUGCGGGCGCUGGUGUCGGCGUGCCGGCAGCUCGAGUGGAAGGCGGUGGUGCAGAAGUACGUGGAGCGUCCGCUGCUCGUACAGGGCUACAAGUUUGAUAUCCGCCAAUGGGUGUUGGUAACUUCCUGCAACCCCCUGGUGGUGUGGGGUUUUGAGGAGAGCUACACCCGCUUCAGCUCCAGACCCUUCACAAUGGAUGCACCCAGUCUUUCGGAUAGGUUAGUGCACCUCUGCAAUCACUCAGUUCAGAAGCAACAGAACCGGCGAGGGGACGAAAGCUGUGCUUCUUCUGCUUCUGCUACUGCUACUGGUGUGAAUGACGACCGUAGUAGUAGCAAAGAGGCCGGCAGCGGCGGCGGCAGGGAAACACUUCCGUCAGGGUCGCAACAGAACAUGUGGACCGCGGGCCAGCUCCGGCAUCACCUCCGGCAACGCUUUCAGGGACACGACGUGUUUCAAGAGGUGGUUGUGCCGCAAAUCCGAUCCGUCGUGGUCCAGACCUUGCUCGGCGUCCGCGAGGAGCUCGAGAUGAAAGGGCGGGCGGUGGAAUGGCUGGGGUUCGAUCUCUUGGUCGCAGAAGAUUUGCGGGUGAUGCUGAUAGAGGUCAACGUAAGCCCGGACGUUAGCCACAGCACGUCGGUGACUGCGCGACUCGUCCCCGAUGCCACCGAGGACGCUCUCAGUCUGCUGCUGGACAACGGCGAGGCCGACAAACGUGCGGCGGCCACGCCCCUCCCCGGGCUGCCAAACCCAUGCCACUCAUCGUCGCCAAGUACCGGAGCGGAGGCGGCUGGUGAAGCAAAGACCGUGCCCGGCCCGGACUUCUCACGCGUGCAUGAUCCUGGUGUUGGCGACUGGCGAGAGAGAGAGGCGAGUCCACGUGUGGUCGACAAGCUCAGGUGGCAUGUGUGGCACAAAGGAGAGGAGGAGUCGCGAACCGUUCUUCGCGGCUUGCGAGAGGCGAAAAAGGCCUGGUGCGAGAAACGGCGGAACAAGAAACGGAGUUGGCACUUGAGCGACAGCAUUAGUAGUGUACCCGUGGCCGACGAUGACCACCAUAUGGCCCUUGCUGUUGUCGAUGGCAUACUUGAUUCCUCAUCGCGGGCCAGAACAGCGGCGGCACAAGCGGCAGAGGCGGGACCGCCUAACCCGCCGAGCGAUGUUGCUGUUUCUCCGUCUGAGUCGCGUCGAACCGCACCGGCUGAGGGCUCGAUGGAAGGAUGUGGCAGCAGCAGCAGCUUCAUUGAGGGAAGAACGCAGGAUGCAUGGGAGACGGUAGGAGAGCUACGAGGGACGGUCGAAGAGCUAAGUGAGAAACUGGGGCUAUUGACAGCCGAGGGCGACGUGGACAUGACAGCUGAAGGCGCGGUGGAUGCGCAGCGUACAUUUCCCGAGCCGAGUGAAGACGACGAAGAGGAGCUGUGAAGGCCAACGAGCGUCUGCCGCUCCCAGCAAGUUUCCUCCGGAAACUCAGCGACAAAAUGAACGAUGACUACAUCAUGAGUCGGACUGGCGAGCUGCGACCCACCUGAAAUUUGGAGAUGCGUUGCAACCCCUCGUUUUCGUCGGGCAAUAUGUGACAUAUUUUCGACUUCCACAUAAUCAAAAAUUGGGUUCCCGAAAGGGUGAAUUCAGCCGAGAUCUUCACGGAGAAUAUGCGAGUUGUCUCGUUGGAGCUUAGUUUCAUGUUUGCAGCUUCGCAAGUGUUCGAUCAUACACUAUAAUCGCUAGGAAUGAAUCUUUGACUGGAUUACUAACUGUACCAUGUUAUUUUGUCCGCUCCAAGCCGGAGCAAAGCACCUGACGACGUAUCUCUUGUCACCGACGAAGCAUAGACGAGCGGAAACAUCACAGCGGCAGCACGCCCAUCUGUCGCUCUUUCUCAAGGGCGCGUAUUUCAGAAAACCGAUACUGUCACUAGAC